GGGAGGAUGCUGCCAGCGGAAAAUGGCUGCUGCAACCUCAAGCCUAUCCUGAUACACCGAAACGACAUCAAGGUGGACAGAGAGCGCGAGAGGAAGAGAGAGAGGAAGAGAGAAAGAUUAGGAAAAUGAGAGCAGAUAGAGAGAGAAUGUGAGCGAGCCUGUGAGUGUUUCCUGAAAGGAGGAUAAAGAGAGAGAGAGAGAGAGUGAGAGAGAGCGAGAGAGAGAGCGAGAGGAGAGAGGAGAGAGAGAGAGAGGAGACCCUGGGGUGGGCUGCUGCAAGCGGCGGGCAACACCGAGCCAUGGAGGGCGAUGUGCGUGUUCGUGCAGUGGUGAUGACGCGUGAUGACUCCAGUGGCGGUUGGGUGCCCCUCGGAGGUGGUGGCCUCAGUCAUGUGGUCAUAUGUAAAGGGCGGAGUCAUGACAGCAGGGGGCGGAGAGAACACAUCAUACGUGGAGAACGGCUGCGAGAUCGAGCACCAGUGUUGGAGUGUGCGGUGCAAAGGGGCUUAGUGUACAACAAGGUGAACCCCAUCUUUCAUCACUGGAGGGUAGAAGAUCGAAAGUUUGGCCUUACGUUCCAGAGUCCUGCCGAUGCCAUCUCCUUUGAGAAAGGGCUGCAGACUGUCCUAGACAAGCUCGACCGAGGCUCUGACUCGCCUUCAUCCUCCACACCAGAAGAAGCCGACACCGAGGAUGAUGGACAAGCUUCUCAUACAGGAAGCGAGUCGUCGUCCAACAGCAGAAAGGAGAUGCUUCCCAAACCCAUCACCAUAGUAACGAGCGAGUCGUCAUCUACCUGCUUCGUGCGGCCGGAGGAGUUUAGUUUCGGAUCGAGCCAUGCUCUCACCCCUCAGACACCUGCUCAGAUCCACACCAAGCCGGGACAGCACCAGCUCUCACAAAUGACGGCUGUGUUGAAUCCGCCGGCGCCCCCGCUUCCACCUCCUGCUCCACCUACUCCUCCUGUGGGUCCCCCGGCCUCAUCUCCUCUGUCCCCCACCAUUUCGCUCUUGGAAGAGGGAGACCUGCACAGUGUGGACCCUUGCAAAGACCUGUGGGGUUCUCGAGGUUAUGAGGAUUACCGACGGGCGGGGUCCACUAGGACUAUGGUCGGGGGGCUGACCGGGGGUGUGGUUGUCGGUGGCGGAGGGAGUCUGCAGGACAAGUCCGAGCUGUGUGUGGUUCGCUUUGAGAAGGAGCUGGCAGGAGUGGGCACGGCCGGCUGCGAAGUGACUGUGACCCUGGACAGUAAAGCCUCGCAACGUCUGUCCACGUCGUCGCCCACCUGUGUGUCCACGCCCAACGCUGUAUCGGGCGUGUCCUCGCCCGCUGGCUCCCCCCAGGAGACAUGCAAAGGCUCGCCCUCCCCCUGCUGCAUCCACACCUCAUUGGCCACGCCCCGGUCGCGGACUCGUAAGAGAGGAGGAGGAGGGGCCAGCAGUGGCGGGGACCCAGGGGCGAUCUCCCCCGACGACGACAGCCCGUGUCCUCAGGCUUCGUCGUCGUGCUCGUCCCGCUGCGUGUACUGCCGCUCUGUGUUCAGCGCUUCGGAUAACGGGCGGGGCCGCUGCAGAGACGCCCCGGACCCGGCCCUGCACUGCCUGCGCCAGUGGACCUGUGUGUGGUGCGCGGAGAGUCUGCUCUACCACUGCAUGUCAGACUCGGAGGGAGAGUUCUGGGAGCCGUGCUCGUGUGAAGACUCGCUGGGGGGGCACCCGCACCCCCUUUGCUGUGCCCGCUGGUUGGCCCUCCUGGCCCUGUCCCUCUUUGUGCCCUGCAUGUGCUGCUACGUGCCUUUGCGCGCCUGCCUGCGGUGUGGGGAGAGGUGUGGCUGCUGUGGGGGAAAGCACAAGGCGGUCCGAUGAGGCCAGGCUAAGGGGGUUGGGAGGGGUUUCCGUGGACCAAGGAGGUUUGGGGCGUGGAGAGAAGGGAGCACCUGUUGGGGCGCAGGGGGUGGAGCUUAGCAGGUGGAACAGUGCUCUCAAGAGACCCAGACCUCUGAACUGGCCCUCCGAAGCCUUACAGCCUUCCACUGCAUUCCACUCUCUCUAUUUUCAACCCAAGGCCUUCCUCACUGCUCCUCGCUGGGGGGGUGCGUUGCACUCAGACCAGGCUCUGUGGGAGUCAUCUGGAGCCCUAACCCGUGGGGGUUGGCUGAUCAAGAAUGAGCGGUCAGAGACUUUAUCACAGGAAGAGAGUGGCAGAGGCGACGAUGAUGUGUACACUGUUUCAAAUGUUUUUGUUUUUGUUUUUUUUAAUUUAGAAAGAAAAACACAAACUAAAGAUGUUUAUAUAUAUAUGAUUGUUAUAAUUUGAAUUGGUAUAUUUUAUUAAAUGUAAACACAUUGACAGAAUCCCCCCAAUGGCACACACUAUCACAAAUUCACAACCAUGAGCUCUUGGGGAAAAGUAUUUUGUUUCAUGUUGGCCUGUUUAUCAGUCAGAUGAACAGAUGUCACCCUUUACCUCUAAUUUUACCUCAGAUGUUACUCAACCCUGGUUAGGGGAUGAACGGGGGAGGGAAGAGGGGUACGGAGAGAGGGUCCAGAGGGAGUGCAGUCUUCAAUGAGGAUAGUAUGAGCAUCUGAGACCACUAGUGUCGCCUUUCGGUUUUAAAGCAGUCAACCACAGUGGAAAAGAAAGGUUAUCAAAUGCAAAAGGGACAAUUAAUGUUAAGGGAAGUUGCAAUGACAACCACAAAGACUUAAAAGUCAUAAUGUGAUCCAUUAUGGUCGUUUGUAACCAAACACAAGCUUAUUUUUGUUUUCUUAAAAAAAAAAAAAAAAGGCAAUCCAGAAUGUGUGUUUAACAUUAAACGCCCUCACUUAACACACAUCUUUCCAUGCAUUUUCAACAUUAAUCUAAGAAAAACAUCACAUCCCACCACUGUUCUUGUCAAAUCAGUCAAGGUGCUUAAUACCGAGUAUAUUCUACCUAACGUACACGACAACCGUACACUCCCAAACCCCAAAGAAAAACAGAGCUGGACCCCGUGCCGACCAAUCUGUAAGAUGUGUCUAGGUCUUUGGAUGAGAUGCCACCAAAAAAAAAAAACUACAUUAAGUGCAAUGAACUAAGUAUUGAAAGAGUAUUUUUGUACCGGUCGCUAAAUCGAGAAUGGAAUACUGUAGUGCGUUAUUGUGUUGCGAUAUCAAACGGAAAUGAUAAACGGGAACAGGAAGUUGUUGUUGAGGUGUGCUGCUGACUGUUGACCCUGUGAUAAGAAAAGAGACACAUUCACUUGAAAAAGACCAACGGCCGUAGGCGGGUCUUUGUUUGGGCACAGUGGCAAAUGUGUUUGCUGAAUGUUGCUUUAAGUAUGAAGUUUAAACAUUUUUUUUAUUAUGUUAUUGCUAUUUUAAGUCCUGUCCUAACCCGAUUCAAACCCGGUUUUUGUAAGUUCAUAGCUGAGCAUAACGAUAAAUAACCCCCCCCCCCCCCCCGGGACAUUUCUUAAAAUGCUUCUGGUGGUGUACUUUGCAUUUCCGUGUCUAUUUUGCUGGUUGGUGAUACAUUUUUCUACUUUCAGUGAAUAACUGGCCAAGGGUACAUUAACAGAUUUUGUUAACAUGCUGUAAUGGUUGGCAACCAUCUUAAUAUCUUGACAUAAACAUAAAGGUUUGUGUGUGUGUACGUUCCCUAAAUUCAAAGAACAAGGGCCUGUUGUUCAGCCUCUUAUAUAUGAGAUAUUAGACACCAGUUACUCCACAGAAAUUUGCCCCUUGAGCAAAAUGCGAUGCGGCAACAAGAUUCCUGAGAUCACAAUUUGUGGUUGACCAAAAAAAAAAAAACAGGCUUUAAUAUCCCUGUAACUGUUGUUAUUGGUCUCUUCACUGACAUGAGGAACCAUUCACUGGCCUGGGUUGUUGAAAAGUUGAAAAGAAGUAGAUCUUGACUACGCAGUUGGAGUAAAAACAAAACCCAAUCUCAAAAUAACUCGGGAAAUGCAUUUAGCAUCACCGAAUGAUGAUAUCCCAACAGUAUAAGAGAAUAUAUGUGUGUGUGUGUGUGUGUGUGUUUGGGGAGGUGGGAGGGGAGGGUCUUGGUCUUUUAAAUCCUUUAAAACUAAAGAUGGGAACAGUGAAUUAUGGCAGGAUUAACCUUUCAGAAGCUUCACCAGAUUAUUUCCAUUUUAGAACUUUUAUCCAAAGUGACUUCUUAAAGUGAGUGAACAGAGACGAGUAGACUGGGGACGGAGUGAUAAACACGACCCCUGACCUCUCCGUGAUGGGACGGUCUUCCUCACUGCUACAGGCCAGCCUGUUAACAAUGUUGGCCCACUUAAAAAAAAAACAAAAAAACAUAUGGCAGGAAACACAGUCAGUCGGUCACUAGACUGCCGUCCUCUGAUCCUAAAAGAACCCUGUUGUCUGUCUCCCCCCCAUCUCGUUUCACACACAAACCCCACAAAUCUGCAACGCAUAGACCUGCACACAGACACACACGUUCCCUCGACGGUGCAGACAAACUGAACCAGUAAAGCCAUUGCACACGAUUUGCUACUUCUGGCUCAGAAAUGGUGUUAAGAGUACAGUACUGACAGGACAGUCAUGCGGUCACUAUUGCAGACCCCCAUUCUUACCCAUCUUAAUAAAUGUGCCUUUUGAUUUCAUUAAUCAAUACCUUAUGAUUUCUAAGUAACUCUGUGUUAAGUACUAUUUCCUUUUUUUUGGGGUUAUUGAUUUUUUUGUUUUGUUGCCAAUGUGCAUAUUUUCAAAUGUACGUAUUUAUUAGUUCCAAAGUAAUUACUGAGAUAUUACCUGUUUAUUUAUUUAUCGAGAUAUUUAUUCUGAUUCUUUAUUUUUUUGGAGACAGGUUUUUAUCUUCCGUGCUGUCUUACUUCUGACUUUGUGCCAAUGUGCUGCUUUGAGGUGUUACAUAUCGUGGGUUUGUAUCAUUAUUAAACCCUCACUCUAUAUU